AUGGAACAACCGGUCGGGGAGCUCGUUUCCACCAAACGCGCGCAACUGCCGACCGGAGUCGACCUUUGCGGACGGUACACCGGCCUGCGACGACUCGAUCCCUCCCACGCGCCGAGCCUCUACAAGCACCUCGGCGGGGAGGACAACUUCUGGCGCUGGACGUACAUGAUGACCAGCGGCUUUCCCACCGCCGAGUCGUGCGCGCAGUCCAUCGCGGCAUGGUCCGCGCAGCAGGACCCCUUCUUCUACGCCGUGUAUUCCGGACCGCUCUCAGACCCGGCCUCGGAGCCCGUCGGGAUGAUGUCCUUGAUGGCCGCCGUGCCGGACCACCGCCGCGUCGAGAUCGGCAGCGUCAUCCUGGGCGGCGCGCUCGUCAAGUCGCGGCAGGCGACGGAGGCGUUCUACCUGUUCCUCCGGCACGCGGUCGAGGACAUGGGGUGUCAGAGGGUGGAGUGGAAGGCGAACCGGCUCAACGCGCCGAGCCUGGCCGCGGCGUCGCGUCUGGGGUUCACGUUUGAGGGCAUCUUUCGGAAACACAUGAUUGUCAAGGGGAGGAGGCGCGACACGGCGUGGUUCAGCAUCACGGACGACGAGUGGCCGGCGAUCGAGGCUGGCUUUGAGGCCUGGCUGGACGAGGGCAAUUUCGACGAAAACGGCAAGCAGAAGAAGACGCUGCAGCAGUGCAGAGAGGCCAAUGCAUAG